UUUCCCUCUUGGCACUGCGCUGAGAGAAGCUGUCGAGCCGGGAGACGGCCCUUAGGGAUAUUAGCGGCGUCACCAUCUGUAUCUCGUGUCUGCGUGCUCUGACCUGGCCUGGGUUUGUCUGUCUGACCGCCACAAUUCUGUUCGUCUGUUUUGGCAGUUCGGCGGUUGUGAUGCAACAUGUCUCUUGGGGUUGUCGCCUGGAAAAGCGCCCACCUGCCUAAACCAGGAACUCUCGGGUGUGGGCCGACAAAGGCUUGGCUGCACUUUUCCGCGACGGGGACUCUUGUCUUGGUUCGUGUCGAACGACGACAUUAUGUCUUUCGCAAUAUCUGGUUAAUAUCUUGCAGUUGUCUAAACCAGGCAGUCCGGGCUUUGCUAGGAUGCCUUCCCAUUGGUUUCCGCGGCCGAUCCAUCUCGACCUGUCAAGCUUGUUGGAUCGACAUUCUGGGGAAACCGGAAACACAAUGCCUUGCCAGAACCGCUAUUCUACUUGUCAACCGCAAGACACUACUGAUGGGUGACCCCUCCAGUUCGACCACGAUCCGUCGCCACCCGGCUCUCAGACGACUUUUACCCGAUCCAUCCUGCUGCCAGGUGGUUGAAGUGCUGGGUAUGGCUUGCGAACACCUGACAGCGAGCAAUAGCCUAAGCGGCUUCUUUUGGUUGAUUCUUAAUUUAGAUUUCUUUCCCUUUUCUUCUGCUUUAGUUUCAUCUGGAGAAUAUGGGGUCGGCAUGUGCUGUGUCUAUUUUCCUCCGUCGCGCUCCAGCCCGUCAGCUCUGCCGCUCCAGCUGGGGAAGCUGCGCCGUGCUCUGGCUGGGCUUCGUCCGGAGCGGCAGGAGAACCAGGGCAAGGCGGAGCGGCCGGGAUAUCCGUCUACGCAGUCUUGGUGAUUUACCAAGGCUUUGUCUAAACGUGAUGGCCCCCGAUCCGCAAACCGGACGCACUGGUGUGGCCAUGUCCAAAGAGAGACACGCACCUAUCUAGCCGAAGUCC